AUGAGCUCGCAUGAACAACAGGAAUCCAUAAGAAUAACAAGACGAUCACUGAAGACAUUACAACAUUCAGCAAAUGAUAGGGAAAAUUUGGUGGGUAGACCAACGAAGGGACUGAAACAUCAACUUUCGCAAGAGAGCCCCGGGGAGUCUGUAGAGGUAAAACGAAAAAAUCUAUUGAGUAAAGAAACUCAGGCCAAUCUCGACACAAAGAUUUCUGAAGAUGAUCUAACAAAUCCUAAAGGAGCAUCAGAGAAAUAUUGGCAAAUAUUAGCUGAGAAAAGACAAUUGGCUUUACAAGAUGCUUUAGAUGAAAAUGAGAAACUACGAAAAACUAUUGAAGAACUGAAGGAGGAAAAUGCAUCAUUGAAACAGAUGCUGGAGGAGGCUAAUAGCUUUGUAGAAAUAAUCAAGGAGGAGCUUGCAGAUGAUAGCAACAAUGACACAGGUAUUGAUGUAAAUGAUGUCAGUACUGCAGAUGAAACAACAGAAGAGGAUACCACUAAAAAUGAUUAA